CACCUCUCUUCGGCGUCCCUCUCCCUCCCCUAAGUCCUUCGCAAGACUAAGUUGCGCUUCCGCCUUCUCAUCUCUUCCACGCCCUCGCUCGUCAAACAAACGCGGAAAGGCCGAGAUUAUUGCCAACCAUGUCUCUAAAUUGCCCCAAUUGCGGCGCCCACCUCACCUUUGCCCUCGCCGAGGACUCGAGGGCCACAUCCGCCGCCGCCGCCGCCGCCGCCGCGCCGCGCCGCAAGCUCGUGCUGGCAGAAAAGGCGGGUUCUCACGAUGUCAACCCCACCGAUGCCGACCUCCAGCGGCUCAAGCAUUUCAUGUGUUUCCCAUUCAACACGUCGUUACUAUGGAAGCCAACUCAACCGACCAUGCGCCCAGUCGUGUCCGACAAGGAAGAAGAGGUGGGGAUUUUGAAGGACUGCCGCGCGCGCCAGACCCUGGACCGGGUAGCGAGAAAGAUGCAUGCCACCAUCCGUGCCUGCGGAGAGCAGUCAGCCGACACUCUCCUCGAGUCGCGGCGGCGCGGCCGAGCCAAACAAGAUCUGCCGGUUCCGAUGCACACGGUCUUUGAAGCCGUCGGCGCCAUAAUAUACGCAAUGGAAUGGACGAGUGGCCAGCCUCGGGCCGAGGAGCUUGUGCCAACGCCGGCGGGCACCGGCACUGUGCACCCUCAAGCCGUGAUGGGGCCGUUCGAGCCCGGGUACGCGUUGGAACUUCCGUCCGUGUACUUGCCUCAGUACACGUUGCAGCUUCGGCGCCUGUUUGAGCACAUGCUCGUUAUCGACUAUGGGUUUCCGGCUCGUCCAAUCUGCGGGUCAAUAUUCGGACCAAUGCUUCUCCCAAGCACUUGGUUUCUUCACGCAUGGUCUGAGUUCGAAAUUUUCUCUGACUUUCUUGUGGGAAUCGCGCGGGUUUGGAGAUGGCGACAAGGUCUCCCAAACGACAAGUCAUGGGGCCUCAUUGCCGAAGCCACGAGUGACUGGGCACAUUAUAUUGGGCUAAGAUUGCCAGUAUGGGACGUUGCUACCAUGAUCUACUACUACUGCCUUCAUCGAAAGCCGGUUGACGCCGAGGACCGCAAGGAAGGGUGGACAGGAUACACGGGGGUCCUACAGGAGAUGAUCGCCGAGGUCCCUACCAGGGGAACAGAUCGACUGGAACGCAAGCUAUCGCUUGAUGUCCACCUCCUCAUUCCGAGAUUUGUUCGAGACCGAAAGCUUCGGGAACAGAUGCUCUUGAUCGCACAAGAUCUUGCGGCCAAGUACGGUUGCCAGCUCGCGCCUCCCAAGAUGCCCAAGCCACCAAUGUGGCGGAGAUUGUUCGGCCAGGUCCCUUGCCAGCUCGCGCCUCCCAAGAUGCCCAAGCCACCAAUGUGGCGGAGAUUGUUCGGCCAGGUCCCGUCCCAACAAGGGCCUGAGGACAGAGAGAAAGGUCACGAGGAUCUGAAACUUCUCGAAGGUCUGCGAUGGGAAAGCAGAGGGGAGGGAGAUCUUGAUCCCAGCUGUGCUGGUAAAAAAUCCUUGCAUUGGCUAGAUGUACAUAAGAGUGUAAUGAACUAAAAUGGCGGCAGCUGCGGCGGUGGACGACAACACUAUCCUCCCCAAUACUUCCUCCCACCAUCAGCAGAUGGCGGGGGGCCGCCCCUGUUAAGAGGCAUGAUGCCAAGGAUCACAGGCGUUGCUUGAAUUGUCUCAAUUGCGAUUCAGAGUCGAAGUCAGGGCAACGGAGCUCACAGCGGUGGGAGAAGCGCAGAACAGGUCGGGCAUUGGGAUGGUGAAUGAAGAGGCGCCGGCAACCUCUGGUGGGGGAAGGGAGAAGAAGAGAGAGAGAUCCCCGUUUCUCAAGUUGUGUGUGAUUGCCAGCCGCAGGAUUGGCUUUUGGCAUUAGAUGGCGAUACUGUGUUCGGAUUCGGCGCCGA